CCGGAAUAACGAGUAUGUUAUGUGAUAACACGGUACUUUGAACCUGGCAGUUUCAGUUGCAGUGCCGUGAAAGGCACAGGAUAGAAAGUGGUUGAACCUGCAGUAUGACAGUUACUAUAUUGAAAUUUAUCAAGGCUGUGGUUAUUUUCAUGGGAAUAUGUGCCGAAAACUAUGCAACUGGCAGGAAUGUUGGACAGAUUCAAUCAGCGGAGCUUACGGAGGAGUUGUGCAGAAUGGCUGAAGAUGAAGCAUUAUCGAUGGGUUUAAAAUUUCAGCGAACAAUGGACCUUCCACUCACGGUUAUAUCGAAACCCCAUUUUUCUCCAGUGGAGUACACCGACAUGGUUGUACGGCGGCGAAGCAUCAGUGCCAACACUGAUGUCGCUGUCUUUGAUGAUGAUGAUGAUGAUGAUGAUGAUGAUGAUGAUGAUGAUGAUGAUGGUGAUGAUGAUGAAUUGUUCCUCCACCCCCUCAUCUCGCCUGAAUUUGGGGUUACUAAGGUGAUAUCCCUUCUCAUCAUAGCUACCACACCCUCUCACUUAAUCGAGGUUCAGCGCGCAUCGUCCUUCGGCCAACAGGACCCGGCUGAACGCAACAAAUUUCACUCCUCGUGGACGGUUUCUACGUUGGACCCCUCGAGUAUAGAUCAACCACAAUCACCUGAUAAAGCCACGUCGGGAGUGCAAUCUGUCUCCGGUCUUUCCAGUUUUUGCGCUCCACCAUCUGCCACCCGAUGGACAACAUGCUGCUCGCAUGAACUCGAAUUGUCUUUAUUACGGCGGACAGUGGACGAACUACAAGAAGGCCUGUCCAACCACUUUGCACGGGGGAUGACUGAAAUAUCGGCGAUGCGUACGGCAAAGAGAGACCAGAUUUUCCAAGCACUGGAGCUGUUCGGGGUCGAGUUGAACAAAACCCUUUGUGGUCAACGAAACCGACACCGCUCCUCCACUCCGUCCAAUUGUACGCAGUUGUUUGCAGACAUUUCGCCCAAAUUCCGUCUCAUGGUGGAACAGUUUAUGGUCGGCCAAAGUGACGUCACCCUUGACAUUUCUAUCCCCAUUGACAAUUUGGUAAUGCAGUUGCUCAUUGAUGCCUCGUGUCAAGCGGAUCCAAGCACGUCGGGGACGACACUUGAAGCUUUUAACGAAGAAAUAAGAUGCCACAAAUAUUGCCAGGCCCGAUUGAAUUUGAUCCUUGACUCUAUGAUGAGCAACGCUGAGCACCCUUUGUUAGCCGAACCAAUGAACCGAUACGACUUUCGUUUGCGAAGGCGGCGUCGGAGAAAAGUGGACCUUGGCAAGUUGGACAGCAAACCCGGUGAUCUCGAUCAAUACAAAUUGUUGUACAGCCCAGAACUAUUGAUCACAAUCCGGUUGAAUCGACUACUUAUGCAAUCAUUGGAAGUUGCAGAGGUCCUGAUGGAGGGACUCAAAGGGUUCAACGCGGCUCAAGGGACGUGCGCCUACAAACUGAUGCGAAUGCAUCACUGUGCUCUGUGCGCUGGAAAGACGCUAACACGCCCUUGUCCAGAACUUUGUCUAUCAACUUUGUCUAACUGCCUGAAACCUUUGAGCCAACUUGAUGCUCCAUGGAACCGAUUCAUUGAUGCUAUCAAACUCGUGGCCCAAACGUUCCUGCAGAAACCACAACUUGGUCUUAUGGUUCAGUUCAAACAACUGCCGAAACGACUGAUUGGCUACUUUCGACACCUGCUGAAGACACACAAGCAAUGGCUGCAACCUCAGUGUUCGGGGACAACAAAACUGUUGGAGUUGUUCGAAAUGGGAGGGCCAAUCAGUUACGAGGAAGAAGCGCCAAGCUCCAGUGAAAUGAACAUCCUUCGCUCACAUCAGGCGAUCAUGAAGGACAUGGUGUUAAAGAUGGAACAACUGUCAAACAUAUGGUCGAGUGCCAGUUCAUCAAUUUGCAACGAGUCCCCACAUCUGGUACCAACAUCGAAGAUGCCUGACCAAUGUUGGAACGGAACAGCGCAAGCAAGGUUCUCUGCAAAUGCUUGUGAAUUCUGUGAUACCUCCGAAACUGUCGAUCCCAGUUGGCGAAGGAGUCCCGAUCAUCCACGCGCUGCUGACUCAUGGGGCGCCUCAAAUGAUGCGGACAACCAUGGAAGGAAACAACGUACUUCAUCAUUAGUUGAGAACCAGCAACAGUUUGCAACCAAUCCGUUUGGGUACCCCGGUCCUGUUCGAUUCCCUCCAGCCCUUCAUGAGUCUGCCACGGAGCAUGAGCUAUCUACACAUCGAGCAAACGAAAUCCUAGUCCGGGCGUCAAGAGAUCUGCAGUGGUCCACAGAAUCUCUCCUGAAUGAAAUUCAGACUUAUUACACAAUCAAACAUCGUCUGUUUCAAACGAAUCCCGAACAGGCUCCCAGUUCAAUCACGGGGAUUGCAGAUAACGGCCAAACUGAGACUUGGGUCCAGUUGCCGAAGGAUGAGUGGAAUAAAAACGGCCCCAUGCAAUACGCUCCUUCAAAGCUGUCUGGGACCAACGCGGAUACUGAUGAUAUGAGCAACUCUCUCGGAAUGCUGGCCUACGGGUCAAUGCUGGGAUGGAAUACGUAUGGCGUACAACACCAAAUGAGUCCUGGAACACCCUCUGGGAAACAGAACACUGGUCGAGGGUUGACUGUUGAAACGAUGACGCGAGGCCAGCAUAAUAAUUCAUUUAGUAAUGCCUCAUCAACAUCACGGCAACCCAUUAUAAAUGUCUAUGCGAAUUCAAACAGUUCCAGCACUCUGGAAGGUCCUGUUGACGAGGGAUCAGGUAUUUCUCUUGGUUGGCCUCUCUAUAACUGGCCAAAACUACCGUCCACAGGAAAUGAGAGCCAGAAACCCCUCCCGGUGGAACCCAAUACGGGGACUGUGAGUAUACCUCAAGAAUCCAACUUUGAGGGCAGUGGCGGCUUCCCGGGAGUGCAGAGCGGACUGCAGGUAGAUUACGCAGACUACCCACAUCUCAACACGUUCCACAACUUUUUGAAUCCAACCCAACUGUCACAUGACAAUUCGCCCACAAAUAUCAACUCCCAGGGAGGUUUGCCGGAUGAUGAAGAUUCCAUCGAUCCGAACGAGCAACCGUCAGGGGUUACCUGGAUGAGUAAAGUGAAUGCCACCUCAUCCGGACACGACUCAUAUUCGGACAAGAUCGGAACUAAUGGCGAAAAGGAAUCCAAGUCAAAAUCAGACAAGGGUUUGGGUACUCGUUCCCGGUGGACAGACAAUUUCUGUGCAAUUCAUUUGACAAGCAUAACUGUGAUUCUGAUUGGUCGUGUGUAAUCAUAGGAUGCCUUUUGUACAUAGUUUUCAGAAUGUCAAAAGAGUUUAUUUCAUCUUUAUUGCGUACACACAGACGAACCAAUCACAGCGUUUGUGCGUGUGUGUGAUCCGGCUUCAGAAUUAACCAAUCGCUUUGCACGCUGUUCGAACAGCAAGUCUUCUGACUCCACAUGACUUCUUCCACUCACUUCCACGACUGCCAGUUCUGAUACCGAUCUAAGUUAUUGAGUUCUGCUCCCAACGCACACCAGCUAUUUGAAUUUUAUCAAUCCCGGUACAAAAACACAGAAAAUUCCCUGUUUUCUCGUCCCCUUUGCCCAGAAGAAACAUCCGGCAAUCCUUCAUACAAGACGGACUAAUCAACGGAAACAUCGAGCCAAAUUCUGUAAACAAACAGACAUGCCAUCAAGCAUUCUGUACAUGUAUCCAAGCCAUAC